GCUCGCAGGUACUUGUCGAGGAGCGCCACCGAGCAGUACUUGUCGGGAUAUCGACCAUGGCAUACCCGAGCGGGCCUCCGCCGGCGCCUCCGGCGCAGUCGCUGGGCUCCACCAACACUGUGUUCAUCACUGAGACGCGCUUCGAUCUCUCAUACAUUGUCACUCCGCCUGGUAUCAUCAAAGCUGUGCUUGUUGUGCUGAACCUGCUGUGCUUCAUCUGCAUCGAGGCGAGCGCGUUCCGGUCGAACGGGCGCGGCGUGUACUUCGUGUUCGUGUCGCUGGUGGGGCUCGCGCUCACCGGCGGCCUGCUGCUCAUGUACCUCUACCACCUCGUCGAGAAGUACCACAACUUCAAGUGGCUCAAGGUGGAGAUGGUGGGGAGUGCGGUGCUGACGUUCCUGAACCUGAUCGCGGCCACGAUGGCGGUGGCCUUCGGCAACCCCGCCUACUCCGCUGCAGGGUUCUUCGGGUAUCUGGCGAUGGUGUUGUACGGUGUGGACGCGUUCCUGAAAGCCAAGGCGCUGAAGGCGGGCGAGCUGGCGCAGGGCUCGCGAGUCCACACCAAGCAAACGCACAUCACCACGCCGCCCGCGCUGCCCUAA